AGAUUGUUUUUAUUAUCUCAGAAGAUGCAACUAUUAAUGGUGUUUAAUAAGUAAGAACGGCGACAUCAGAGAUAGCAAUUAUAAACCCACCUAUAAAUCUAUUCCUUCAAGUCGCCAGUAGUUGCAAAUGUCAAUAAAAUCGUUUUACAAAAUAGCUGUUCCGAUUCUGAAAUUCAAACCAAGAUGUCUGUAGUGAGAUCGUGCCCAGGGCUGUACUGUGGCCGUACACCGUUGGACAAUGGCUCCUGGAGCGACUGCGGGGCAUGUCCGCGAGGUUUCCGCACGAACGCGUCGAGUUACUGUGAGCCGUGUACAGAUGUACCGACGCUGUAUGAUUGGCAGUAUUUGGGGUUUAUGGUGCUGUUGCCGCUGGUGUUGCACUGGUUCUUCAUUGAUAUGGUAUCUAUAGGCAAAGGGAAGCAAGGUAUACUGGCUCAACAUUUCUCUGCAUUCUUCGAAGUAGUCUCUGGCACGCUAGCGGCCUUGCUCGUCCUGCCACCAACCGGCAGCUUGGCAUUACAUGUGUGUUCUCCGACGGCACUGUCGGACUGGUACACAUUGCUGCAUAACCCGCAGCCAGACUAUAAGGAGACGUUGCAUUGUACACAGGAAGCGGUAUAUCCUCUGUACACAAUAAUACUGCUGAUCUACGCCUUCAGCUUACUAAUGACGAUCACCAUAAGACCGUGGUUGAUGACGUACCAUCCCCCGAACCCCGGAAAGAAGGCCAUAUACUGCGCUCUGUACUUCUAUCCUAUAUUGGUCCUUAUUCAUACUGUUGCUGCUGGACUUAUUUACUGUUCAUUCCCCUACAUAAUCAUAAUAAUAUCAAUGAUGACCUCAGCCUCCCACUUCUCCAUCAAGCUCGACCAAUCAGCGUCAGCCUUACUCCUGUCUUCAAUAGCCAAUCCGAGGAACUUAGUGAUCCUGAUCGGCCAUUGGCUAGUCCAUGCGUACGGCAUCAUAUCUCUCACUGGGUUGAAGGAUCUGUGGUAUCUGAACCUAGUGCCGGCCCCGGCGUUGUUUUACAUACUUACGGCGCAGUUCACUGACCCGAUGAAGAUACAUAAUGAUUGACGGUAUUGGAAAACUGUAUGGAAAUAAUGUGGGUUAGUUGAGAAUGGACUUCAGUUUCUUUUGACAAUCGAAACUGGUCAAGUUACAAAUGCAAAAUGGCGACUUAACCUUUUGAACGCCACGAAGGCGAAGGCACGAAGGUUGAUAUUGGGAUGGGCUAUAACCGCGAAAAUCGAAGUUCGCAAAUUGCGGGCAUUUAUCUCUGUCACUCUAAUUACGCCUUCAUUGGAGUAAAAGAGAAAGAUCCCCGCAAUUUGCGAAAAACGGUUUUCGCGGUAGCCCCUCCGUAGCCCGCGCGCGUCAGUUGAUGUCAUUAGCGGUCAAAGGGAAAGUAAACUAUCAGUACCUAUACUACUACAGUACUAUUGUUUUUGUCCUUGGAUAUAUUAUUUCUAAGAGUAGAAGAUGGGUAUCUAGUAGCAUUUUCGUUGGGGCCCACGGUGCCAACGGUAGGGAAAACGUUGGGAUGAGGUUCGUUCCGUAGCCAACGUUAAUUUUGUAUUGGCCCACCAUCGCAUUUACCAACAUUCGCUGUGGCACAGAUGCCCAACAAUGGGCCUUUGUGUAUUUUGGUACCGUUGGCUAAACAACGAUAAUAUUCGUUGGCCCAAUGGUGACGAAUACCGCAUUUACCAACAUUGGCUGUGGCACGGAUGCCCAACAAUGGGCCUUUGUUUAUUUUGGUAACGUUGGCUAAUCAACGAUAUCAUCCGAUGGCCCAAUGAUGACAAAAAUCGCAUUUACCAACAUUGGCUGUG